CGGUCCUCUCCUGCCGCCCCUCUCCUCCCCUCUCCUCCCAUCCUAGAGGACAGAGCGAUGCGGAGACAAUAGGACGCAGAGCCGGAGGAAGCUGCAGGAUGCUCGGCGCCACAUCCACCGACACACGGCUGCUCCGAGGCUUCCCACAGGAUACCCGGCGUCCCUCCAGGCUCCCCGGGCCUUAGUAUGCGCUCACAUCCACCUGUGUGUUCAGCAGCAGCCCGGGCUGACAGGGCGGACUUCACAGCCCCCAUAUGGGAACCAACUGAAGGUGACACCAGCUGUUAGCUGCUGCUGCUCCUGUCCUACCUGAGCAUCCAUUCCUCGGUCUUUCCACCCCACGGUCCGUCCCAGCCAGCAUUCCUCACCAUGAGCUCCUCUCCGCUGGUUUCUCGAGCCAACAUGGACAUUCUGGACGAGCUGCAGCUGAUUGCUGCGCAGAACCUGGAGCGGCUGGAGGUCAACAAGUACUACGAGGUGAUCAGGGAGCUGGGCAAAGGCACCUAUGGCAAGGUGGACCUGGUCAUCCACAAGAUCAGAGGUACAAAAAUGGCGCUGAAGUUCCUGAAGAAGAAGACAACCAAGCUGAAGUCCUUUCUGCGGGAGUACAGCAUCUCCCUCUACCUGUCUCCCUGCCCCUUCAUCAUCAACAUGUUUGGCAUCGCCUUUGAGACCGAUGAGUACUACGUGUUUGCGCAGGAGUACGCUCUGGCAGGAGACCUCUUCGAUAUCAUUCCUCCGCAGGUUGGUCUUCCUGAGGCAGUGGCAAAGCGCUGUGUGCACCAAGUAGCCAUUGCUCUGGACUACCUGCACUGUAAGAAGCUGGUCCACAGGGACAUCAAGCCUGAAAACAUCCUCAUUUUUGACCGAGAGUGCCGCAAGGUCAAGCUGUCUGACUUCGGCAUGACCCGCCGUGCUGGCUCACCCGUGAAAAGAGUCAGUGGCACCAUCCCCUACACGGCCCCAGAGCUCUGCGACGUUUCCCGCCACGAGGGUUUCUGUGUCGACUACAGCACUGACGUCUGGGCCUUCGGCGUGCUGCUCUUCUGCAUGCUUACCGGCAACUUCCCGUGGGAGAAGGCGCUACCCUCCGACUCCUUCUACCAGGAGUUCAUCCGCUGGCAGAGGAGGAGAACGAACACGGUGCCGUCGCAGUGGAGGCGCUUCACCGAGCAGGCGCUGCGCAUGUUCCGCCGACUGCUGUCCGUGGAGCAGGACCGCCGCUGCUCCGUCAAAGAGGUGUUCGGGUACUUCAGCCACUCCUGGAUGCUGGAUGCGGAGAACGACAACAACAACGGCAACACGGGAGGCGGAGGUGGUGGGGAGAGAGUGAGUGGCGGAGGAGGAGGUGGUGGAGGAGGCGGAGGAGGAGGAGGAGGAGGAGGAGGAGGAGGAGGAGGGGGAGGGGGUGUGCGAGGAGACGUGGAUGGCACCAUCUCGUCAUCUUCAUCAGGGGAGGAAGAUGAGGAGCUCCUAGUGGAGAGGAUGAAGCAGCAGACUCUGUCGCCUCGCUCCCCGCUGUCCCCCCUCUCCCCCAUGUCCCCAAUGGUGGUGGAGAGGGGGAGCGGCGGAGGCGGCGGGGCCAAAGGAGGGAUGAUGGAGCCAGGCGGGGGCCACCAUUUUGUGUCCGUCUCCACCAACAGCUCGGUGUCGUCGACCAACAGUUACGAUCGAAUGCCGCGAGAGAACAGUUCACCAGGCGGCCGUAUGCUGGUAGCUACACCCAUAGAGAUCUGCGUCUGAGCGUGUCAGGACAUUGUGACAGACUCACCACAACACACUUUUAUACCUCUCAUCCAACCACAUAGAUGUGCAUGCAUGGAAAAAGAAACAAACAGUCAAGUAUGAGCACGUACCCUGUUUCCAACAUCCUGGCAAAGGAAGAGCACACUCAUGGAAGACUUAAGAGAGCAUCUCUGCAGAAUGCAAACAUUCGUCCUGAUAGGGGGUGUUCGGUCACAUGUCCUCUACAGACUCCAGAAGAAGCCUUGAGCACACUUUGACUUCCAUGUUCAAGUGUUGUGUCGGGAAAUCCAGAGCAAAAAUUAUUUUAAAAAAUUGCUUCCAUUCGAGAUUCUGUCACUAAAACCAUCUGAAAAGAAGACCAAAAUGUUUUUCUUAAAGCAAUACUUCCAGCUACAAAAAAAUUAAUAACAAAUGGUGAUGGAACAGUGUGGUCUCUUCAAGACGUAUCAUUUUUGAUGAAGCCAAGAGACAAGGGAUUUGUAUUUUUGAAGAAGACUGAAACAGAACUCAAGGAAAAACCUUGUACGAUAAAAGAGGAGCGAGCGGUGGUUUUAAAUGUUUCACUGUAACAAAAAUGUGAAAGUGCGAGUGUGUUUGUGUGUAUCGCUGUGUGUUCUGUAUGUAUGAAUCUAAAAGAAGUGGAUUUAUUUUGCUUUGAGAAUUUUAUUAUUUAUUUGAAUCUAAAAAGACUACACACUCUAUUUUUUCUAUUGUUUUUUGUAAGGUAGCUUUCUUUGUUUUCCAUUUGACUCGACAUUUCAGUAUGGCGUUAAAACGUAGCUGUGCCAAAUCCACUUCUCUGUGCAACACACUGGGCUGGCUGCUGUACAUAUUGGUAUGAACACUUGUACAUUAUGUAAGAUGAUCGAUAGAUUCCAGAUGGAAUAUUCUACCACUGUAGGCGUCAGACUGCAGCGAGAGAAGGCUUAUGAUGUCUCUGUUCUUCAUGACAAACAUAUCUACUUCACUGUUGAAAGACUUUUUUCUACUCACUCUUGAAAUUCUGUUUGUAAAGCUUUUCUUUGAAGCUUUUUCCGAAAACUUCUGUCUGCCUUGCUUAACUUUUCAUUGAAACUUCAACUGAUAAAAAGAAAAAGUGUUUUCUUUUCAACUUUUAGCUAAAAUUGUUGUCUGAAAAGAAAAACUGAUCAGUUUAAAUUUAAUCUGAAACAACAGAAAGAAAUCACUGAAGAGUCCCCUUUUAUAAACUGCAUGACAAGUAGCUCAAAUGUACAUCACAAGAAAUUUCAACUGGCUUUACAAAAAACAAACAAAAAAGGAUAAAAAUCUAAAAUGUUGUGACGUGAAUUUUUUUGCAGUAGCACAAUUUCUUGCAUUAUGUCCUGGAGUAAAUCCUAUUGUUAUGAUCUCUUGAGACAUACUAGGGCUAAAAAAAUCUGAACAAUAAUUAGUUUCUAUUCAGUGUGAUGUAUUUGUAUUGCUAUUAAUGUUGUGUACUCAUCUCACCACAUUCAGAAACAGUUAAAAAAAAAACUAAGCAUGAGGACAAAGAGCGAGAGGCUAGAAUUUAUCACAGGUUGGGAAUUAAAUGAUGCAUCUUUGGUUCAAAUCUGUGCUUCUAAACAGCCACCUUUGAUGAAUUAAUGUGGCCUUGAUUGUUUUCUCUCUAUUUUUUCCCCCUUUUUUUUUUUUACCAAGUUACAAUUAAUUGCAAAAAAAGCAAUCCAUUCCUUUUUGACUCCUCCUUAAUAUCAAUCUAAAUAUUUUGGGGAAAAAAAGAGGAGCAUUGGAUCAUGCAUAGGAAUGGGCAUUUUGUGUGUUGCUUUCCAGACAUAAACUUGCAUGACCUUGUAUGUGCUAAAAGCUCUGUUGUGAAAACCUGCGGUGUUUCUCCUGUCACAAGCUGUAGUAUUCUGUAGAUGUAGUAUAGCUGCAAACAACAUGUUUCUUUAUCCUCAGCUCGGAUCUGCCUGACUGAGGAUCAGCUAGACUCAGUUUGUGUUUGGAUCAUGUUCUUCAAAGCUGCUCCCGGAUCAGCAGGGGAGUAUGCAAAUUACUACAUCUUGUGACAAUCUCUGACCUCAUCAGCAGCCUUCUGACUCAGAACAAUGGACAGUCCUGAUACAGACACUGUAGCCGUGUGUUUUCUGCAGCCGCUCGCCCCCCAUCAGCCAGCUGCAGGCAGCACUGGUUCUGCAGCGUUUACUGUGGGGGCCUCACAUUCACAUGACCGUAUGAAGCCUGUACAUGACCUCAUCAUGCAUAUUCACCCCAGAACCACCUUCUGCUUCUCCUCGGCAGUGCCCACAUACAUCUAUCAGCAAUGCUAAUGAGCGAUUUGGUUUCAUAUUUGAAGCAAUGUGCGGAGUAAAUUUGGGACAAGGUGUGGCCAUUUUAGAAAAAUUCUAACAAAUAAUUGAGAAUCAGUCUAAAUCAACUGGAACUCAAACUACAUAAACAGUUAAAGAAUUAAAAAUUAUGUUAAUUCAUGGUGUCUCUUAAAGCUGACGUCAGAAUUGUUGAUGCUAAUAGUGACGUGACAAUACUAAGGCAGGUGUAAGGAGUUUUGAUAAGGAAGCUAACAGUCUUACAUGUAUUGAAUAUUUUUCUUCAUACAUUACUUUACAGUUAAUUACAGAUGGUUUGGUUUUAUUCAGAAGACCAUGCUCAUCCCUUUUUACAUUUGCAUAGACAACAUUAGCCUACUGUUACAAAGCCCCACUUCUGGAGUACAAGGUGUGAACUGUUGUGUUUGUACAUACUGAUCUUUUUUUAUUUGUACAGGCAAUUACAGUGAAUUUUUAAUUCACUUCAUGUUCUUUUCACUUAAGUCAUUUGUUUUUCAAGUGUGGAACCAAAAAACUGUCAAUAGUUUAGCUAGCUAAGAUAGCUAGCUAAACUAUUGAUACGUUUUUUUGGCUCCUCACUUUAGACAAGUAGCAACAGCAAUGUAGUUGUGAUCUCUUUUAGUUUGUUCUAGAAGCCAUAUAUCCUCUUCCCUCAUUUUUUGGGGAAAUUGGUCAUUUUAACUUUACUACAAUAUCCUACAAAACUGUCCGGGGCUCAUUUCAGACAAUAUAGCUCAGAUCUGUUAGCCAAUCUCUAACCUCCGCUAAGCUGUGCAAAAUAAUGGCUGCUAUGAGCUAUACAAAUGAAAUCUUACUGAAUAAUGAAUGAAUAAGUGAUCAUCAAAUAGUCCAAAUUGCUUGCAUGAGAGAAAAAAAUGAAUGAGAAACCCAAAACAGGGACCGAGAGUGCAGCUUCGUGUUAUGAAGCAACAGUUCAACCACUGCGCAACCAUGGAAGUACCAAGAAAAUCACUCCUGCAAUAUCAGCAAAACUACUUAAAAUAUGAAUUGACAGAUCAAGCAAAUCUGUCGCAAACUUGCACCAGUUUUCCACAGUUAGUUAGAGGUCACCUGAUAGUAUGCCACAAAACUAAUCUUCUAAUGAAAACAUGAUUGCUGCUAAUACCAACCUGUUACCAGAGGGCUACUAAAAGUUCAACACUACUGUACAAACAAUGCUUUGCCAAUACUGAUCUUGAAAGAAACAAGCAGAUUUUUGGUUUAAUCUUAACACAGUAUCAUCCUACCAUAGUUUUCAUUGUAAUGACACAAUUUUCAGGACACAUGUAUUUGCCUUGACACGCCUUCCUUUUUCUCCCUGCUGGUGUCUGAGUCAGUCACUGCUGCCUGCUCAUCUCACCCAUAACGUGACGUGUUGUAAUGGAGUUCCAGUGUCUUUCUGUCCGGUGACAUAUUUCAAAGCAUCAUGAUUUUAGUGGAGUUUUAGUGAGUAGAUGACCACAGCACUAGAACCCGUAUCCGGUUUUGUCUUUGCAAUACAACUGUCUUCCUGUAGGUUGAGAUUUAGUCAAUAAAAUGAGAAUUCUUGUUGGA